GAGAGAGAGAGAGAGAGAGAGAGAGAGAGAGGGGGGGAUGGAUGAGAGCUCCACGGGGGCAGUGGUGCCGUUGGCGAAGGCGGAGAUGGGAACAUCAUCCGACGCUGCUGCUCCGUCGGAGGCGGCCGGGGAACCGAUCGACGGUGGAGUUUCGGGGUCGGAGCUGGAGAAGGAGUUGUUGUGUCCGAUUUGUAUGCAGAUCAUCAAAGACGCGUUCCUCACAGCAUGUGGACACAGCUUCUGUUACAUGUGCAUUGUCACUCACCUCCACAACAAGAACGAUUGCCCUUGCUGUGGUCACUACCUCACCACCAACCAGCUCUUCCCUAAUUUACUCCUCGAUAAGCUAUUGAAGAAGACUUCUGCUCGCCAAAUAUCAAAAACUGCCUCCCCUGUAGAACAAUUUCGUCAGGCGUUGGAACAGGGUUGUGAGGUGUUGGUAAAAGAACUGGAUAUGCUACUUUCGCUGCUUGCAGAGAAAAAGAGGAAAUUGGAGCAAGAAAAAGCUGAAAGAAAUAUGCAAAUUUUGUUGGACUUCUUGCAUUGCUUAAGGAAACAAAAAGCUGAUGAGCUUAACGAGAUACAAAAUGAUCUUCAGUAUGUUAAAGAGGACGUGAAUGCUGUGGAAAGACAUAGAAUAGAGCUAUAUCGAGCAAGAGACAGGUAUUCAGUGAAACUGCGGAUGCUUGCAGAUGAUCCUUCGGCGAAUAAAUCUCGGAUUUCAUCAAUAAAUAAGACCAGCAGCGGCCUCAUCUCCAGUUCUCGUAAUGCGUUUGGAGGAAUGGCUUCUGGGAAUUUUCAGUACAAGAAGUUGGAUGGAAAAGCUCAAGUUAGCUCCAUUGGACCCCAGAAAAAGGAUGGUUUUACUGGAUUAAGUUCGCAGCAUUUGAGUCAGUCUGGUCUGGCUGUAGUACGGAAAAAGCGUGUCCAUGCUCAGUUCAAUGACCUACAAGAAUGUUACCUGCAAAAACGACGUCAGUUGGUGAACCAACCAUGUGUCCCGGAGGAAAGGGAUACUAAUGUCCUACACAGAGAAGGCUAUAGUGCUGGUCUUUCAGAUUUUCAGUCUGUACUGACCACCUUCACACGGUACAGUCGGCUGAGAGUAAUUGCUGAACUUAGGCAUGGGGAUCUUUUUCACUCGGCCAACAUUGUAUCAAGCAUUGAAUUUGAUCGCGAUGAUGAAUUGUUUGCUACAGCUGGAGUUUCUCGGCGGAUAAAGGUUUUUGACUUCUCCUCGGUUGUAAAUGAACCCGCUGAAGUGCACUGCCCUGUUUUGGAGAUGUCAACAAGAUCCAAACUGAGUUGCUUAAGUUGGAACAAGUUUACUAAGAACCACAUAGCUAGUAGUGAUUAUGAGGGAAUUGUAACUGUUUGGGAUGUUACUACACGGCAGAGUGUGAUGGAAUAUGAGGAGCAUGAAAAGCGGGCAUGGAGUGUUGAUUUUUCACGCAUGGAACCAUCGAUGCUUGUAUCUGGUAGUGAUGAUUGUAAGGUGAAAGUAUGGUGCACAAAGCAGGAGGCUAGCGUUAUUAAUAUUGAGAUGAGGGCAAAUAUAUGUUGUGUCAAGUAUAAUCCCGGGUCUAGUGUACAUGUUGCGGUCGGUUCUGCAGACCAUCACAUCCAUUAUUAUGAUUUAAGAAACACCAGCCAGCCACUCCAUGUGUUUAGUGGGCACAGAAAAACUGUUUCAUAUGUGAAGUUCUUGUCUAACAAUGAGCUUGCUUCUGCAUCGACAGACAGCACUUUACGACUAUGGGAUGUGAAGGAAAACUUGCCGGUUCGUACUUUCAGAGGCCAUACGAAUGAGAAGAAUUUUGUUGGUCUCACGGUAACAAGUGAAUUCAUUGCCUGUGGCAGUGAAACAAACGAAGUUUUUGUCUACCAUAAGGCAAUCCCUAAACCCGUGACUUGGCAUAGAUUUAGUUCACCAGAUUUGGAUGAUGCGGAUGAAGAUGCCGGAUCUUACUUCAUUAGUGCUGUAUGCUGGAAGAGUGACAGCCCCACAGUGUUAGCUGCUAACAGUCAAGGGACAAUCAAAGUGCUUGUCCUCGCAGCCUGAAUUGUAAAUUAUAGGGAGAAUAGAAAUACCUCGUUGCUCCAUUUCUAAACUCGAUUGUUGUUCUGUACAUGAUACUGGAGAGCUAUUCACGAGUGGCGAGGCCAUUGUUUCAGAAAUUGAACUCAUCACUGCCGAUUAUAGACAAACGUGUACAAAACUGUUCACAGAUGGUGAUUAGUAUAGGAUUCCUC